CAUGAGCGACGUGGUGGAGCGGACGCUCAGCGCCCUGCCCGGGCUGCUGGGGCAGCACGACCCGGGCGGUGCCGGCGGCCCCGCCAGGCUGUCCGCCUCCUCCCGGCUCGGGAGCCUCGUCCGGAGCAUCACGGCGCUCACCUCCAAGCACGAAGAAGAAAAAUUAAUCCAGCAGGAACUAACCAGUUUGAAAGCAACAGUUUCAGCCCCCAACACGACACUUAGACUGAUGAAAGAGUGCAUGGUGAGGCUCAUCUAUUGUGAAAUGCUAGGCUAUGAGUCUUCGUUUGGAUACAUCCAUGCAAUCAAACUUGCCCAGCAAGGGAAUCUUCUGGAGAAGAGAGUUGGUUACUUGGCAGUUUCUCUAUUUCUACAUGAAAAUCAUGAACUGCUGCUGCUACUUGUGAACACAGUUGUGAAGGACCUGCAGAGCACUAAUCUUGUAGAGGUGUGCAUGGCAUUAACUGUUGUCAGCCAGAUCUUCCCACGGGAAAUGAUUCCAGCUGUUCUGCCCCUAAUAGAAGACAAGCUUCAGCAUUCUAAGGAAAUUAUCCGAAGAAAAGCUGUUCAAGCUUUAUAUAAAUUCUAUCUCAUUGCUCCUAAUCAAGUUCAGCACAUCCAUGAUAAGUUCCGGAAGGCUUUAUGUGACAGGGAUGCUGGAGUCAUGGCUGCUUCUUUGCAUAUUUAUCUGCAGAUGAUUAAGGAAAACUCAUCUGGAUACAAGGACUUGACUGGGAGUUUUGUAACCAUCCUGAAGCAAGUAGUGGGAGGAAAGCUCUCUGCUGACUUCAACUAUCACAGUGUGCCAGCACCAUGGUUACAAAUACAGCUUUUAAGAAUUUUGGGGCUGUUGGGAAAAGAUGAUCCAAGGACGAGUGAACUGAUGUAUGAUGUUCUAGACGAAUCUUUAAGAAGAGCAGAGAUUAAUCAUAACAUUACAUAUGCCAUCUUGUUUGAAUGUGUCCAAACAAUUUAUACCAUUUAUCCCAAAUCUGAAUUACUUGAAAAGGCUGCCAAGUGCAUUGGAAAAUUUGUUUUGUCACCCAAAAUUAACUUGAAAUACUUAGGUUUAAAGGCUCUGACCUAUGUUAUCCAGCAGGAUCCAAAUCUGGCACUUCAGCACCAGAUGACAAUAAUUGAAUGUUUGGACCAUCCAGAUCCCAUUAUUAAAAGGGAGACUUUAGAGCUUCUCUAUAGGAUUACAAAUGGACAGAAUGUAAUUGUCAUAGUCCAGAAGAUGCUUGACUACUUAAAAGAAAGCAAAGAAGAAUAUGCUAUCAUCAACUUAGUUGGCAAAAUAGCAGAACUAGCUGAGAAGUAUGCCCCUAGCAAUGAGUGGUUCAUCCAGACAAUGAAUGCUGUGUUUUCAGUUGGAGGUGAUGUUGUGCAUUCUGAUAUCCCAAACAACUUUCUGAGGCUGUUGGCUGAAGGGUUUGAUGAUGGAAAAGAAGAUUACCAGCUACGGAUGUAUGCAGUACAGUCUUAUUUAGCAUUACUUGAGGAGGAAGAUAAAUUAUAUCCACAGAAAUUCCUUCAAGUUAUGAGUUGGGUGUUGGGAGAAUAUUUCAGUCUUGUUACAGAUGUUGAUCCAGAAGUUAUUUUGAUAAAACUGCACAGCCUGCUGAAAAAGACUUUUGUUACAUCUGAAACUAAAGCGUGGAUAAUGGCUGCAGUCACCAAGAUAGCAUCACACACCUCCUGCUCGAAAACAGUGGAUGAACUAAUCCAAGAAUUCAGCAGCUCUCUGGAUACAUGCCUGAGACAAUAUGCCUUUGAAUUGAAGCAUCUGUGUGAAGACAAAGCACUGAUGAAAAGCUUGCUUCCAUUUGAUGCUAGUUGCAAUGACCUGGUGGUAGAUGCUUCCUUAUCUUUUCUGGAUGGGUUUGUGGCUGAGGGACUUGGUCAUGGUGCAGCACCAUAUAAGCCUCAUCACCAGAGACAAGAGGAGAAACUUUCUCAGGAAAAAGCUCUGAAUUUUGAACCUUAUGGAUUGUCCUUUGCUUCAAGUGUGUCCUCAUCCGGUGUCACAGGCAGACAGUCCCCCACUGGUUUAUCUUUUGGCUCUGAUACAUCUGGGAAUAGUGCUGAGAUGGGGCACAAAGAGGCAAAUACUCUGAAACUUGAGGGAGUACGCAAGCUGUGGGGAAAAGAAGGUUACCUUCCAAAGAAAGAAAACAAAGUAGGGAAAGGAAAUGAGCCAGAAGCAGCGCCCUGUGGCAGCUUAUCAGCAGGGCAGGUGGGGGAGCCUCCUGCAUUGCAGCCUGAUCAAGGUGCCAGCCUGUCUGAGGAAGACAAAGAGAAGCAGCAGUUGGCAUCAACUUUGUUUGUUGGGCUGGGAUCAAGUGCUGGUGUCAGCCUGAUGGGCAAAGCAGACACAGCUACUCAGAAGUUCAAAAGGAAAUCAAAGAUAAAUGAAACUCAGCAGUUGAAUGAGGAGGCAUCAGACUUCCAAAACAGUGCUGCUUCAGAUUUUGGUCCCUUACUUGAUACAGUACCUACUAAUAUGGAAGUCUCUGAAGGAAGUACGCACACAAGUUUAAGGAAAACCUCUCCUUGUUCUUCAGAUAUUGUAGAAGACAAUUUAGCAUUUGAAACACCUCAGUCCCUCAGAAAAUCUGUGCUGGAUGACAGACUUUCAGCUAACAGGCUGUCACAGUCAUCUUUAUUUGCUGAUAGUAAUAUUGAAAUUUUUCAGCCUUCUCCAAGUGCUCAAUGUGAAAGUGCCAGUGAAACACCAUUGGUCCCUUCCUUAUCAGAGGAACUUGAAGAGCUUCCUCACUCUGAAGUAGUGGGACUUGGUCAGAGUGAUACCUUAGCUCUGCAUUUAUGUAAGGUGUGGAGAGAUGACUCUCUGUUGCUCAUUAUUUUUGUUUCAAAUAAAACCCCUUCUGCACUUCAUGCUGUGAACUUAGUGUUUGAAGAGACAGAACACUUUCAGAUUUUGGAAAGUGCCACCUCCCAGUUUCCUGUAAUUGAAGCUGAAAGCGUGGAACAUUGCCAGAAAUGCGUGAGGAUGAUCAAAGUCUGUACACAGGCAAUUCUUCCUGGCUCUGUUGGUUACCAGUCAGAGAUGGAAACUUGCCUUCAAUUUUCAGUUACUUUAUCAUUGAUGGACUUCAUCAGGCCAAUGGAAAUGACUACAGAAGACUUUGGGAAGCUAUGGUUGUCCCUUUCCAAUGAUGUGAAACAGAAUAUAAAAAUGUCAUCUUGCCAAGAUUCCCUUUCAGCAGCCCUGGAUACACUGCAACAGAAGCUGAAACUCCACAGAGUUGACAUUAUAGGUAAUGAGGGAAUCCUGGCCUGCCAGCUCCUCCCGUCUGUGCCCUGUUUGCUGCACUGCCGUACGCACUCAGGGCUGCUGGCCCUGUGGUUCAGAUCCCCUUGUGCUGCUCUUCCAGAUGGUUUGCUCUAUCAGUGUCAGAAGAGAUGUGGCUGUGUUGUGUGUGCAUGGCUGGGAACUGCAGCAAGGAUUAAAUCAGAGCAGCAAACGUGGAAAAUGUGUCUGAGCAGAUUGUCUCCUCUUCCUGAGGUAACCUCACAAUCUUGAAAAUCCAGCAAUCUUAAUUUAUUUAGAUGCUAAAUGAAAAAUAGUACUGGUUAGUAUUAUUUAUAGCUGGUCAUGUUUUCUAUUUAAGCAUCCCAGAUUGUACACACAGUUCAGACAUGGUAUAAAGGGAUUUUGUGGUGGAAUUCUCUCCUUCAUGUGUUAAUUAGUAGCAAGGAGACUCUUCUAUUUCAGCAUUACUGAUUCUCACCUGAUAAGCACUGGUUGUAAAGGAAAAUAAAGUAUUCUUUUACUUUGCUGAUGUUUUGGUAAAUGUUCAUGAAAUUGUUGUAAGAAUGUUAAUGUGCUGAUAGCAAGUUUUUUUUAUGUCAAGCUACUUGUGUUAUCACAAGUAUAAUCAUCCAAGCAAAGUUCUUUUUUUAUUGUUUCAGUACCCUCUUACUGAGGAAUUUAAAGUGCACUGAACCUGUAAAUAUAUUUAAUGUUCUGCAUACCUUAAUGUUUACUUGGCACUUCGAGACAGUUUAUAUAAAUGAAAACUGAUUUAGAGUGGAAUAAUUUCCAGCAGAUGAUUUCCCUGCUGGUUAAUCAGACUUGUGUUAUGCAAUUGGACUUCUGUAAUCAUAGGAACUCUAAUACAAAUAUAUGUUUGUGGCCUAUGCAUUUAAACCAUUUCAGCAAGGAGAUGUUCAGUGUCCUGGUGUUUAAAGAACUGCAAAGACAACAAUGCCUUCUGUUGUUAAUGUAAUGUUCUCUGUAACCUUUUUCACUGUAUGAAUAGUGUAUGUUAAGGUGUCAGUAUUCUGAUUCUAAUUGCUUUAUGGUAACAUCACUUAAGAAGUUUGCAGGGAAUUGUACCCGUGUCAGUCUUUAUUUUUGGAUUGCCCAGCAAAUACUGUUCUGAAU